CUCUGAGAAAACAAUCGACUCCGUUCCCUACCUUUUGUUACAGUAUUUUAGUUGCAGCAAGAGGAAUAUGCUUAGCUAAUGCUUUUUGCCUCAGAGGAAAUGCAGUUUUUAAAAAUGCUUGAGGCGAGGCUUUUGAAGCCUGGCUGAGGGGGGGGAUUCACAAACAGUUUUAGGGUUUUUGGGGUAAUCCUAACUGUUCCCCUUCAAGACGUGGUGAGGCGGUGGCUUCAGGCGGCAGGCCAGAGACCUGCUCCCAGUGCAAUGGGCUUCCUCCAGUCGCCUCCAGCUGCUUCGGGCGGUUUUCCGUGACGAUGCACAGUUUUCCGUUUGGCCUCAGGCGGCAAAAUGUCCCACGCUCCAGGAGGGCCUGAGGGGAAUGGCCCAGCAAGGGUCCCGGGGGCCAGGCGGUGAGACGAGGAGGGCCACACUUGCCCCCGGAGGGCCUGAGGUUCUCCACCUUGAGGACUGGCUUUUCAGACCACCCCACCUGCUCGUGGACAGAUCCCGCACUGAGCUGAGAAGGAGCUGCUUCAGCGAGCAGGGUGCAAGCGGAAGGGCAAGCAGCCCCCUCUAUCGCUGGGGCAUCAGGAGAUGGGAUGAGCAGCCGCUGGAACGGUGGGACUCUGGGGGUCUGAGCACCCUGCUUGCGGAGGAGGCUUCCGGGGUGCUGGCAGCGCUGGAGCGGAAAUACCGGGUUCUCCAGAGGAAACUGUGCGCUGAGAUGCUGCAGGCACACUAUGGGCAUCCGGUUUGGACCUCCCUGUCUCAGGCCGCGAAAGAGGACAAGCUCUCUGAGCUGGAGACCCUGGUGGAUUUCGGCCUGCGCGAGGGAAGUAUCCUGCCCCUCUCCAGCCUGCCUGGGGCGCAGCACGAAGUCAGAUCUGGGGCACCGAAGGUGGGCGAUACCAACGGGGGACCCCUCGACCCCUCGGUCACAGAGGGCACAGCCGCCCACGCCCUCCUGCAGUUGCGGCGCAGGAGGCAGGCAGAGACGGCAGCUCUGCUGACCCACCGGCACCUCCAGGGCGGCAGCAACCCAGAAACCUCGCGCCAACUGUUACAUCUGCAUGCACAGACAGAGCUCGUCCACCAGGAGGCGUCGUUCCCAGCUGCUCUGCUUGCGAUAGAGCUGUUCUUGGGAGAAAGGUUUUGGGACUCGCAGCCCAUCGAACCCGGAGCCCGGCACCUGGAGUUGGCUCAGCUGCGGCUUGCCGCAGGGAGUGGACCGGCGUCGGCAUGGCAGGAGGCCAAACCUGCGCCAGGAAGAUUGAUGGCGGUAAAACCAGGAUGAUCAGCCAAAUGGGAUAUUGGUGCUUGCCAACUAGAGGCGAAGGGGAACAUGGGAUAGCAGACAAAGGGCCCAAGUGUGGCUGUCAGCUUCCUGCCUUUAGAAGAGCCCCUUCUCUGCUUCCUCAAGAGUCGCUGAUCUGUGCGUGCCUGCAAAUGGAAUGAGGCAAGCUCAGAGCUGUUACUCAUACAGAGAGAAAACGGGCACAUCCCUUUCCGGGGAGGACAUUCUGCUAGGAAACUGCCCAGGGAGUGGUCAAACGCGCCAUUCAUGACCAAUGCAGUGAUACAACAGGUUGAAGAACAGUGUAUCCUUCAGAGAGGCGGCAGGCACACUCCUCCCGGUAGGCUGGGAUGGCAGGAGCCUUUAAGCUGUGCAUUUUUCACAGCCCAGCAAUAAAGCCCUGCGCUUUACUUUUUGCAAACCCCUUUGGCAAAGAUGUAGGAUGUGAUGCAUAGAUAGCAGUCAAGUACAACAUUCUUUGUUUUCCUAGAGUGGACAUGCAGGGAAAUGUUUCCUCCAGUCAGUAGAAAACUUCCUGCUUCCUCCUGAGCUGGGACAAACUUCCUCUGCAUGUGAUUAGAGGUUGCGUAACACAAACACACAGGUAACACAAAAGGACAAGGCACGCUGCACACUCUCUCUUUUGACUUCCUCUCCAUCGUAGGACCAGCAGCUUUUUAGCUAGAGAUGCACAAAGGGACUAUUCCCAUAUGGGGUAGAUUCCACAUGUAUAUCCUCUGUAGCUAAGUCUGCCUUCAGGGAUCCAUCUGUGAACUGAAUGUGUGAGUAA